ACCAACUGAGUAGUAAUUCUUCUUCUCACUCUAAAGUCUGGGCAAAAAAAUAUGACCACCCUUCUAAAUUCGUCACCAUUACUUGCAGUCAAACUAAAUCUUGCAGCCUUGAUAACAUUUCUACUUGCAGCAACCACCACCUCUCUCUGCCGGAAUUUCUGCAACAACAUACCCAUAAACUACCCAUUUGGCAUCGACGAAGGCUGCGGCGCCGCCCAGUUCCGCCACAUGCUAAACUGCUCCUCCAUUGGACUCUUCUUCCUCACCCCCUCCGGUAGCUACAAGAUUCAAACCAUAGAUUACAACAAGAAAACACUAGUAAUAUUCGACCCCUCCAUGUCCACCUGCUCCAUCCUCCAACCCCACCACGACUUUCUCAUGACCGACAUUCAGUCCGUCACUAUACCACCAUCACCCGACACCAUUUUCGUGCUCAUGAAUUGCUCCAUCGAUUCUCCUGUCCUCAACCACUACAGGUCGUUGUGCUUCAACUUCUCCGGUCACUCGUGUGACGAGCUUUACAGCAGCUGCAGCUCGUUCAAGCUAUUCCACAUCCUCUCCAACUCCACACCGCCAUGCUGCUUCACGAGAUACGAUACGGUGAAGUUUAUGAGCAUGAAUAUUCUGGACUGCACACAUUACACGAGUGUGUACAAUGUAGAUAGAUUGGAGGGGAUUGGAGCAUUGGACUGGCUUUACGGGAUUAAGCUGUCUUAUAGUUUGCCUGAUUUUGGAUGUGAGAAAUGUGCAAAAUCUGGGGGUACUUGCGGCUUCGAUGUCGAGACUCAGGGAUUCGUCUGUGUUUGUUCAACGACGAGCAAUGCUACAAGAGACUGUGAUGGAGGGAUUGCUAUCAACAGAGGAAAUAGUUUAGCAGCAGCAUCUCCUUCGGGGCUACAACUGUUUUUAUUCUUCGUCUUGGUAGCACUUUCUUGCUUGUGAUACUUUUAU